UCAAGGUCACAAAUCAAAAAAAAAUAAUGAUAUAAUUGCAGAAUAAAAAAAGUUGGCUUUAUUUUGAUAAAGUUAAGAAUUUUAAGAAAUGAUGUAAUAUGAAAGUUUAUUAGAGUAGCAAUGCAUUUACUUCAUUGAAAUGCAAAUCAAAUACUAGUUUUGACUCCUAUAAUGGCAGUACCUAGUGUACAGAUUGAGCCGGAACAGGACUUGUUGUAGAGUGCAUAGGGAACAAAAUAACUAAUCUUUGUAUUCUUUUGUUAGCUGUAACUAACUGGAUCAUUGUGAUGAGGAAAACAAGACAUUAGCUGUAACUAGCUGGAUCAUUGUGAUGAGGAAAACAGGACAUAAAUCUUGUUCACUAAUAAUUUAUUGUUUCCAUCAAUGUAUUCUAGCGUUGCUUAAUCCAAAUCAUUUGGGAAGAUAAUACUGGUAAUAAUCUGUGAUAUGGUAUUCUCCGGUGAGCGCCCAUGGCCGAUCGUUAGUUUGGCAGUUUUGCUUGCACUCUUUGUUCCAAAUGCUAAUGGUGAAGGUCACCACAUUUUUUAUGAAUGGCAUGUAGCAAUCGAUGCAACAAUCAAACCAGUGUCUUCAGACCAACCGGUUAUUACCAUCAAUGGAAUGUUCCCUGGACCCCCAAUCAAUGGAACAACUAACGAUAUCGUUCAUGUCAAUGUUUUCAAUGAGAUGGAUGAGCCUCUCCUCUUUACAUGGAAUGGCAUACAACAAAGGUUGAAUUCAUGGCAAGAUGGAGUAUCGGGCACAAAUUGUCCAAUCCUGCCAGGUAUGAACUGGACUUAUGUGUUUGUGCUCAAAGACCAAAUUGGUACCUUCUUCUACUUCCCUUCCCUCAAUUUCCAAAAAGCCGGAGGAGGUUUUGGUGCGAUCAGAGUCAAUAAUCGGGCAGUGAUUGAGGUACCUUUCGUUAGACCAGAGGCUGAAUUUGAUCUUCUUAUUGGAGAUUGGUACCACAUGAGUUACAAGAUUGUUAGGUCCUUGAUAAAGACUAAAGACGACUUACCCCAAACUGGCAUACCUAUUUGGAUGCUCAUGAAUGGUAAAGGACCAUAUAAGAACCCUAAGUCUAAAACUUACGAGUCGUUUACAGUAACAAAAGGGAAGACCUACCUUUUCCGGAUAUCGAAUGUUGGGAGUACAUGGAGCUUCAAUUUUAGGAUUCAAAACCAUAUGAUGAUGUUGGUUGAGACAGAAGGGUCUUACACUAAUCAAAUAAUAUUGGACUCUCUUGAUGUUCAUGUUGGACAAUCUUAUUCUGUUCUUGUCACAGCUGAUCAAGAAGUCAAGGAUUAUUACAUUGUGGCUAGUCCUAGUAUGUAUGAAACUCCUGAGUCAAGCAGCUUUGUUGGUGUAGGAGUUCUACACUAUGACACUUCCACAGUCACUCCUAGUGGUCCUCUCCCUGUUGGGCCUAAUCCAUUUGAUCUAGCGUUCUCGCUUAAUCAAGCUAGGUCGAUUAGGUGGAACAUAACAACGGGGGCCGCAAGGCCAAAUCCACAAGGAAGCUUCAACGUCUCAAAUGUGACACUUUCACAAACCUUCUACCUCCGCGGAUCGAAGGCGAUUAUCAGUGGUGCACCUCACUACAUAGUCAACAAGGUGUCUUACCUUACUCCUGAUACCCCACUGAAACUGGCUGAUCAGUUUUCUGACGGAGCAGGUGUGUAUGUCCUUGACCAAUAUCAGACUAAUACCAGCAAUGCAGAUUAUGUUAUUGGAACUUUUGUUGCAACCGGGAUCCACAAGGUGUGGAUUGAACUUGUAUUCAAGAAUGAUUUACUGGUUAUGGAUUCUUGGCAUUUGGAUGGAUUCGGAUUCUUUGUUGUUGGAUUUGGUGAUGGAGAAUGGACACCUGCUUCCCGUUUGACAUACAACAUCCAUGAUCCCGUUGUUCGCGCUACUGUUCAGGUGUUUCCAGGAAAAUGGAGUGCAGUAUAUGCAUUUCUUGAUAAUCCUGGAAUGUGGAACCUAAGAUCUGCAACUCUGAAGAAUUGGUAUCUAGGGCAAGAGCUGUACAUUAGAAUUUUCGAUCCCGAUAAAAACCCGAUCAAGGAGACCCCACCGCCGGAUAAUCUUAUUUUGUGCGGGAAGUAUAAAGUUGUACCUCCAGCUCCUGCUCCAUCUCUGCCCUGAUAGUGCAAUAUCUGCGCCAGCAUUUGCUGCAACGCCAUGGUAAUCAAACUUUUGAACCAUAACGAUGAUAGUAAUAAUAAUAAUUCAUGGCAUAUACGUCAUGAGAGAAGCUGAAGCAGAUGUAAUCUGACUUAUGCAAUUGUUCAUUUUCAUUUUCAUUUUAUUUGCUUACUUUAAUCUACCUAUAUCUAUUGUUUACUUUUUCAGAAAAAUAGAACAUGUAAGAAUAAUUAAGCUAUACCAAAUGCAAGCCCAUAAGCCUGCAGAUUGUGGUCAAUUUUUGGCAAUUAAAUACAAAGCAUUUAUAAUGCAGAAUACUA